UCCUUUAGAAAUAAAUUUUAAAAAAGUUAAAUAUAAAAGUUGAGCAUGUUGAAAAAUUAUCUUUUCAAUUUUAAUCGCUUUGAAAAUAUAUUUCUUUUGUGGUUCCUUAUUUUAAUAAAACUGAACUCAAUAAAUGGACAUGACCACUUUUAUUUAGAUAGUCAUCGUACUGAGAAACAGAUGAGUUUGGAAUCGUGUUUGGGUCGAUUUGAUGUCCAUGGUAACACUAUCAUUCGGACUGGUGAAUCUCAAGCAAUAGGGGGCAAAUUUUUGCAGGGUCUCGAGCUAGAAACUCCCGAAAAAUGUCAACGACUUUGUUGUGAAACUACUGAUUGUGAUGUUUAUGUAUUCGAAGAGAAAAACGAUGGAUAUUGUUACUUAUUCCAAUGUGGUUCACCUAAAAAUUUUCACUGCAAAUUUACAAGGCAUUCAAAUUACACAAGUGCUUUAUUGACACAGUUUAAAGCAGUCUUAACAACAACGCCUAGACCAAAUACUCACAUUGUUCUAACAAAUAUAUCAACUCAAGAACAAGAACUAAUAAGUCUUAAAGCUAAACCUGAAAGGUAUUUGGUAUCUUCCACAACUCAGACAAUAGUUCCUUCAGGAGGAAAUGACAAUGCAUUGAUGCCAGCAGAACCUGUAGAAAGACGUAACUUUAGUUGUGGUCGCUUUGAAUUCCCUUGUCAUUCUGGAGAGUGCAUAGCUGUAUACAAUGCUUGCAAUGGAAUUCCUCAGUGCGUAGAUGGUAGUGAUGAAGGCCCGGAAUGCUCCGAUGCCACAAGCAACAAAGUCAACCCAAAUAUCCAUGAAAUUUCGAAAUCCAACAUCAUCCAUGAAACUCCAAUAUAUAGACAAAAUUUCAAAAAAAUUGAUAAAAUGCCAAUAGACGAAUCUCCUAUUUUAGAAAAUGCACACCCAAUGGGAAUAAAGGAAAUAGAAAAUAACAACUUUGCUUUGAUAAACGACGGUACUCGGACUUUCUUGCGCAACAAUGACGGUAAAGAAGAAAAUGUAAAUUUGGAACGCCCAGGCUCAAAGCUAAUCCAAAAUCAAAGAGAAAUGUAUAUGCAACUACCUGACAUUAAAAGUUCUUUUCCAACGCCUCAAGUUACUGGAGAAAAAGCUCAUAUUUUUAAUGAAAAUUCCAAGUGGCCAACGGAACAACGACAGCUAUACAAUAUUGUGACACAUGAACCCCCGUUUUCUAAUUUAGAUCAACAGCUAAUUAAUAAAGCCGGAAAAAACCAUAAGUCUUUUGUACCUGAAAAUGACGAAAAAUUGAGUGAUAAUUCUAGGUUAUUCAAUCAGGAUGCGCAAGCCAAACCAAGCCUUCCAAACAACACACAUUUUGUUGAAAAAAAUUUGGAAUAUGCAGAUUAUUCAGAGAAAACUAUAGAUAGCGUGAAAAAAGAUAUUACACCGAAAAAAGAUGAAUUAUCAAGAACGUCAACUUCUGUUAAAAAGGCAACUCACCCUGCAUUCGUAGAACAAUAUAAAGUAAUGCAACAGCAUUUAGAAAUAAAAUUCACAGAUCAUGAUGGUUAUUCAGAAAAGCCAAGAGGAGCCGUUUUAUCAUUAACACUUGGUCUUAUGGUAACUGGAAUAAUUAUUGUUUUAAUAGGAUGUAGAUUGAGAACAGGAAGUCGUCGAAGAAACCGCCAUGGUGGGAAAGUUCCUUACGCACCUGAUGAAGAUUUUUUAGUAAACGGAAUGUAUUUAUAAACGUAAAAUAAGUAAUAUUUUUUUAAGAAAUUGGAAUAUUGAAAACGUGUUUUCUUCAUUUUUAUGUGAUAAUUUAAAUUUUAAAUAUAUAAUAACCGUGUAUUUUUCA